UGUCCGGUGGAUUUAUAUAACCGCUUUAAAGGAACUUUCAAAUGCACCCCAACCAAGCUUAGUGCUGGCCAACCCAGCAGACGUACCCAUUUCCUCCGAGCACCAGAAGCAGGCGGAUAGAAAUGGCGACGGAGAUCAAGCAGCACUCAGAGACCGACUUCACUGUGCUUUUCAACUAUACCGACUACAUCAAAACGACUUUGACGUGCUCCGGCGACGAAGUCGAUUCCUGGAUAUCCGACAUUCUCCGAAUCCACCGCCGCCGCCUCUCUCGCCUAAUCGUCGGCAUCGAUCUCGAGUGGCGCCCUUCCUACUCUCGAUACCAGAACCCCAUUGCCUUACUCCAGGUCUGCGUCGGCCGCCGUUGCCUCAUCUUCAAACUUCUCUUCGCCGACUAUAUUCCCACAUCGCUCGCCGAAUUUCUUGCAGACUUGCGAUUCACCUUCGUUGGAGUCGGAGUCAAGGCCGACGCUGACCGUCUAGCGAACGAUAAGGGUUUGUACGUCUCCAACGCAGUCGAUCUAAGAGAUCUCGCUAACGAGAUGAUGGGACGGAAUGACAUGAAGCAGAAGGGACUCGCCGGACUGGCGAGGGAGCUUAUGGGCGUUUUUCUGAAUAAGCCGAAGUAUGUGACGAUGAGCCAGUGGGAUCAAUUUUAUCUUUCGAUGGACCAGAUCAUGUAUGCGUGCGUUGAUGCUUUCGUCUCCUUCGAGAUCGGCCGGAGGCUCUACGACGGCGAUUUCUGAUAAAUUGGUUUUGAAAUAAUAGUCAGGGUUAAUGGUUUACCUCUAUCAGAAAUUUAAAUAGUGUCGAAGUUCUUGUUUUCCCCUUUCAAGACUGUUUGAUCGAAGGCCAGGUUUGAUCCGGAUUCUGAUGUUCGUAUGAUUGUCAAUGACUAUCAGUCCAAUGAGCCGCAUGUUCUACACAGCAUAACGUGAUCCCAAGACCUCAGCUACUGCUCCACUCACCCUGCAGGCGCAGUCUGCCAGAAACAAACUCUGCCAUUCUCUAACUACUUGUCUGCUGUAUUAUUAUAUAAACUCUUACAUUCUGUAUUACUGUACCUGAGGAACAAAUAUGAAAAUACCCAUUUUUUGGGGAGA